CUUGUCCACUCUCCACUGUUCAGCAGCCAACUUGUCAUGUCGUCGUCGCCCACGCCGGCGGCGUCGGCCGUUCCAGGCUCGGCGGCAGCGCCGCACGUCGUCGAGGACUGCUUCGGCGUCGUGCAGCUGCUCAGCGACGGCACAGUGAGGCGGUCCACGGACUACUCGGUGCUCCCGCUUGUGGGCGGCGUGCCCCCGGACCUGCCCGUGGAGUGGAAGGACAUCGUCUACGACGACACGCACGGCCUCCGGCUCCGCAUGUACCGGCCCACCACCACCGGCGGGGACGGGGAGAAGAACAAGCUGCCGGUGCUUGUGUACUUCCACGGCGGCGGCUUCUGCCUCGCCAGUUUCGAGGUGAUCAACUUCCACGCCGGCGCGCUGCGGCUCGCCGCCGAGCUCCCGGCGCUCGUGCUCUCCGCCGACUACCGCCUCGCGCCCGAGCACCGCCUCCCCGCGGCGCUCGACGACGCCGAGUCCGCCUUCUCCUGGCUCCGCGCCCAGGCCGCCGCGUCCCCGGCCGCCGACCCGUGGCUCGCCGAGUCGGCCGACUUCGGCCGGGUGUUCGUCAGCGGUGACUCGGCCGGCGGCAACAUCUCGCACCACGUCUCGGUGCGCCACGGCUCGGGCAGGCUCCCCCUCGGCCCCCUCCGGCUCGCCGGGUGCGUGAUGCUCUGGCCCUACUUCGGCGGCGAGGCGCCGACGCCGUCCGAGGCGGCGUCCCCGCCCGGCGAGCCCAUGGGCACGGCGCUGUUCGACCAGAUGUGGCGCCUGGCGCUGCCGCCGGGCGCGACCAAGGACCACCCGGCCGCGAACCCGUUCGCGCCGGGGAGCGUCCCGCUCGGCGACCUCGGCGACGCCUUCCCGCCGGUGCUCGUGCUGGACCCCGACCAGGACGUGCUGCACGACCGCGUGGCGGACUACGUCGCGAGGCUGAGGGCCGCCGGCAAGGCCGUCGAGCUCGUCGUGUUCCCUGGGCAGGGGCAUGCGUUCUUCGUCAGGGAGCCGUGCGGUGAGGCCUCGGACGAGCUGAUCCGGGUCAUUAGGCGGUUCGUGCACGGUGGUUAACUGAUGAAUUGAUAUUGUUAUCUUGUCUGCGUGUCUAAUAAUAUGCCAAAUUUUAGCUGCCUGUAUCUUUACACGAUUUUUUCAGCAGUUUUGAGUUGAGAAAUCUAAACAAGGCUUGCAUUGAGAAAA